AUGUCUUUUUUCGCUCGACAUAAUAUUUUCGUUGCUAUUAUAUUCGGUUGUUUCGCUGUUCUUAUACCACGAAUUUUUUUACCAUUAUUUCGCUCAAGAUCAUUGUCACCACCGGUCCAUAUCGAUGAUCGUUUUCAACGAGUAUCAUCGCCGAUGUCUCCUAAUGAUAACGAUGAGGAUUCUUCGCCGCAUAUACAUGAUACAUAUUCGAAUAUGCGAAUACCUAAAUCUGGUGCUAAUAGUCAACAACAAUCAUUAAUCGAUCCAAAUAAUUCAAAAACAGCUGUGACUUUUGCUUUGCCAAUGUAUACUAUUGGUAUAGCGAUUUUUUUAAUUUAUACAUGUUGCAAAUAUUGGGCGAAACGUAAUAGUCAAGAAAAUAAAAUAAAACUUCAAUAUUCAACUAAUAACAUUCAAUGGAAUAGUGAAAAAAGAAAAUUCAAAUAUCAAACUAAUAAUUAUCAUAGUGAAGACGAUGAAGAAAAUGAAGAUUUAUAUGCUGGAUUAGAUCCUGAUUAUGUUGAAUAUUUAAAAUCGAGAAGACAAAAAGAUUUCGAAGCUGAACAAAAUGCUUCAGCUGAACAAAGACAAAUGGAUCAUGCUCUUGAUGAAAUGAAAAGUUCAUUAUCAUUUAUUAGUUCAAAACUUGGAACAACUCAAAAAAGAAAUAAUUUAACUCAAUAUGAAAUAUCGCAAUUACAAGAUCGGUUAGCGUCAACUGAAGCUCAAAUGUAUAAAAUUUUAAAUACAAUUAAUACUGUUACAAAUAAAGUAAAUGAAUUAACCAAAAAUACACGACAAUCUCUUGAACAAUCAGAAGAGAAUUUUAAUAAUGAAGAAGAUAAUCGUUUAUCAUUACGGUCAGAUAAUGACAGUGAAGAUAGUAUAAAUGAUGAAGAAAAUUCAAAUAGUGAUGAUAAUUCAUUGCAUCAACAAGAACAAAUAUCGUCAAAUAAUCAAGAUGACACUUCAUCAUCAUCAUCAUAUGAAGAUGAUCAAGAAAAUUCUAAGGAAGCAGAAGAAGAAGAUGAUGAUGAAUCUGAAUCAUCAUCUGAACGUUAUGGUAUAAUGAAUACUAAUUAUGGAUCUGAUCCAAAUACAAUUGAUGAUUAUGAAUUAAAUACAAAUACAAGAACAAAUCAAACAACUGACAGUCAAACAAAAGUACACGAAUGGCAUGAACGUAAUCAUUCUCAAUCAUUAAGUAGUAGUAAUUCAUCAAUAGAACAAGACCAGUCGAUACCAAAUGAUGAACAAAAUCAUUUAACAAGACGACAAUCCCAAAAAUAA